UUCGACAAAAUCCUCAUGUUCCAAAUCAAGACAGCAUCCACAGCGGGUGGCGAUACAUAUGAGAAGAUUGCAAGAAUAGCUUUUGCUAAUCUGACAAAUGGGAACUGGAUUCAAGUGGUGAACAUAUAUGACCCUACUAGGCUGCCAAAUUCCGUUUUCAUCAAUGUAACAGUGAAUUGCUCUUGCGGGGACAGCAGAGUAUCGGAGGAUUAUGGAUUGUUUGAAACAUACCCUUUACGUCCUGGUGAGAAUCUGUCAUCUGUGGCAAAUGCAUCAGGGGCUCCAGCUGAGUUGCUGCAAAGGUUCAAUCCAGGAUCUAACUUCAGUGCAGGAUCAGGAAUAGUGUUUGUGCCGGCAAAAGGUUAG